AUGGCGAGGAAGCUUAGUGCAUUGGAAAUUCUUCUGAUCAUCUUCAUCAUAAUUGUACUUGCUGUAGAUAUCCUCUUGUUGAUGCUUCUGUUGGAGAAGCCUUCAGGCGCUUCAUUUGUUCCAGAGUGCCCAGAAAUCCCUGAAUCAGAAAGGAUAGACUGUGCCCCUGGCCAGGAGGUGACAGAGGAUGUCUGCAGACAGAAAUAUAAGUGCUGCUGGAAACCUGUGCCAAAUACUGCCAUCCCCUGGUGCUUCUUCCCCAGGAACUGGGGCUACGAAAUCAGCUAUUGGGUUAACAAUACAAGCACAGGGUAUGCUGCCCGGUUGAGAAGGUUGCCAUCACCAUCUCUGUUUGGGUACGACGUAACCGACACCCUCUUCACAGCUGAACCUCAGACAUCCAAUCGUUUCCAUUUUAAGAUCACUGAUUUCAAUAACAUGCGCUAUGAAGUCCCCCAUGAAAAUGUUAAGCUCUUUGAUGGGAAUGCUGAUGCUUCCACUUUGAGCUAUCAUCUAGAAGUCAGUUACAAACCCUUCAGCAUCAAAAUAAUGAGGACCAGCAACAAAAGAGUCUUGUUGGACACCAGCAUUGGGCCCCUCCAGUUUGCCCAGCAGUACCUGCAGCUCUCCAUGCGACUGCCCAGUGCCAACGUGUAUGGGCUGGGUGAACACGUGCACCAGCAGUACCGCCACAACAUGACCUGGAAGACCUGGCCCAUCUUCACCCGGGACGCCACCCCUACCGAGGGCAUGAUUAAUCUAUAUGGAGCUCACACGUUCUUCUUGUGCCUAGAAGACACCAGCGGCUUCUCUUUCGGGGUUUUUCUGAUGAACAGUAAUGCCAUGGAGGUCACCCUUCAGCCCGCUCCUGCCGUCACUUACCGCACGAUCGGGGGUAUCCUUGACUUCUAUGUGUUCCUGGGAAAUACUCCAGAACAAGUGGUUCAGGAAUACCUGGAGCUUGUUGGACGACCAUUCUUGCCUCCCUACUGGAGUCUUGGGUUCCAGCUUAGUCGCAGGAAUUAUGGUGGCAUUGAUGGAUUGAAAAAUGUUGUAAACCGAACUCGUGAAGCUGAGAUCCCAUAUGAUGUCCAGUACUCUGACAUAGACUACAUGGAUGAAAAGAAGGGUUUCACUAUUGACGGAGUGGCUUUCCAUGGUCUCUCAGAUUUUGCCAAAGAGUUACAUCAAAAUGGACUGAAAUAUGUAAUUAUUAUGAAUCCUGGCAUCUUAAAUAACUCUGACUACCAGCCUUAUGUGAAUGGAAGCAGAAAGGGAGUGUGGAUCUUGGGGAACAAAGGCUUUGCUGUUGGGCAGGCAUAUCCUGGUUGGACAGUUUUUCCUGAUUUUACUAAUUCAGAUUGUACUGAGUGGUGGAAAGAGCAGUUCAGUGAAUUUUAUAAAACUCUGGAGUUUGAUGGAGUGUGGAUUGAAAUGGAUGAAGUAUCUAGCUUUCUACAAAGUUCUGAUCAAGACUGUGAACUAAACAACUUCAACUUUCCUCCUUUCAAACCUCGAGUUCUGGACCACUUGCUUUUCGCAAGAACCCUCUGCAUGGACACAGAGUUUCGUGAGGGCCUUCACUACGAUGUCCACAGCUUGUAUGGCUACACCAUGGCAAGAGCCACGGACGCGGCCAUGGAGACUAUCUUCCCCAAAAAGAGACACUUCAUCUUAUCACGUUCUACUUUUGCGGGAUCUGGCAAAUUUGCUGCUCAUUGGUUGGGGGACAAUGCAGCCAGAUGGGACGAUCUCCGAUGGUCCAUCCCUGGGAUCCUGGAGUUCAACCUAUUCGGCAUCCCCAUGGUAGGUGCCAACAUCUGUGGUUAUACAGAGAAUGUCACAGAGGAGCUCUGCAGACGGUGGAUGCAGCUGGGAGCAUUUUAUCCACUGUCGAGGAAUCACAACGGGCCUGGGUUCAGGGACCAGGAUCCUGCUGCCUUCAGUGAAAACAACGCUAUGCUAUUGGAAUCCUCCAGAUACUAUCUGAACAUCCGCUACACCCUGCUGCCCUAUCUCUACACCCUUUUCUACCGAGCUCAUACCCUGGGCGAGACCGUAGCAAGGCCCCUCGUCCACGAGUUCUACCAGGACCCAGCCACCUGGGAGGUGCACGAGCAGUUCCUCUGGGGGCCUGCACUCCUCAUCACGCCUGUUUUAUAUGAAGGUUUGAACUAUGCAAGAGCAUACAUACCCGACGCCAUCUGGUACGACUAUGAAACGCAAGUAGCCAUAGAAUGGAGGAAACAAUUUGUGGAGCUGCUGCUGCCAGGUGAUAGGAUAGGACUUCACCUCCGAGGGGGCUACAUCUUUCCCAUCCAGCGGCCAAACACGACCACAGAGGCCAGCCGGAAGAACUCUCUGGGACUCAUCAUUGCCUUGGACUCUAAGCGAGAAGCAAACGGAGAGCUGUACUGGGAUGAUGGUGUCUCUAAAGAUGCUGUAACUGAAAAUAAUUAUAUUCUGUACAAUUUUUCCAUCACCUCUAACCGUCUACAGGCAACGAUUAUACAUGCUAAUUAUACAGACCCUGACAAACUCACAUUUACAGAUAUCAUGAUCUUGGGAAUGGACAAGGAACCUACUAAUUUUACUGUCUCCCUAAAUGAUGCUACCACCUCCAUUUCAAACGUUGUCUACACAGAAUCAACAAAGGUGGUGAACAUCACUGACCUCAAGGGACUGGUACUGGGACAAGCAUUCUCCAUUCAGUGGGAUCUGCCGGUCAGUGACCUGCAGAAGUUCAACUGCUUUCCUGAGCAGCCCGCUGUCUCCGAGGAGAGUUGCAGGGAGCGGGGGUGCCUUUGGGAGCCCACGACGGUUCCUGGGGUGCCCACCUGUUUCUAUGACACCAUCCCCAGUUAUGCUGCCAGCAACAUUCAGUACCUGCCUACGGGCAUCACUGUAGACCUCACCCACCUGACAGCCUCGGAAGCUGCAGAAGCUACGGCCGCCUCUGCCUCUGACACUCUCUCUGCAACCAUCGGCUUUCUUCGCCUGAGUGUGAUCUACCACACAGAGAACAUGCUGCAGUUCAAGAUCUAUGAUCCCACUAAUAAAAGGUAUGAGGUCCCAGUGCCUCUGAACACCCCUUCAUCUCCAGUGGGCUCCCCUGAAAACUGUCUGUAUGAUGUCAAGAUUCGGAACAAUCCUUUUGGGAUCCAAAUUCGAAGAAAAAGCUCCAGCACUGUGAUUUGGGACUCUCAGCUCCCUGGAUUCACCUUCAGGGACAUGUUCCUUUCCAUCUCCACACGCCUCCCCUCUCAGUACCUCUAUGGCUUUGGGGAAACUGAGCACACAACUUUCAGAAGAAACAUAAGCUGGCACACGUGGGGGAUGUUUGCCCGAGAUGAGCCACCAGCGUAUAAGAAGAACUCCUAUGGUGUCCACCCCUACUAUAUGGCACUGGAGGAGGAUGGCAGUGCCCAUGGAGUGCUCCUGCUGAACAGCAAUGCCAUGGAUGUGACAUUCCAGCCUACUCCUGCCCUGACAUAUCGCACCACAGGAGGCAUUUUGGACUUUUAUAUGGUUUUGGGGCCAACCCCUGAGCUUGUAACUCAGCAAUACACUGAGUUGAUUGGUCGGCCAGCAAUGAUUCCCUAUUGGGCCUUGGGAUUCCACCUGAGUCGCUAUGGAUACCAGGAUGAUUAUGAAAUCGCCAGUUUGUAUGUUGCAAUGACGGCUGCUCAGAUUCCCUACGAUGUCCAGCAUGUAGACAUUGACUACAUGGACCGGAAGCUGGACUUCACCCUCAGCCCCAGCUUUCAAAAUCUUGGUCUCCUGAUUGAGCAAAUGAAGAAAAAUGGCACGAGAUUUGUUCUUGUUCUGGACCCAGCCAUUUCUGGCAAUGAGACCCAGUAUCUCACAUUCACCAGAGGGAAGGAAAGUGAUGUGUUCAUCAAAUGGCCAGACAACAGCGAUAUCGUCUGGGGAAAGGUUUUGCCAGAUCUGCCCAACGUGAAUGUGGAUGGGUCCCUUGAUCUUGAAACUCAGGUUAAGCUGUACAAAGCCCAUGUUGCUUUUCCUGACUUCUUGCGGAACAGCACAGCUGCCUGGUGGAAGAGGGAAAUAGAAGAGCUCUACAGAAACCCUCGAGAGCCAGAGAAGAGCUUGAAGUUUGAUGGACUGUGGAUUAACAUGAAUGAACCAUCGAACUUUGUGAAUGGAUCUGUCACGGGCUGCAGAAAUGAAAUUCUUAAUAAUCCACCCUAUGUGCCAUACUUGGAGGCCCGGGACCAGGGCCUGAGCAGCCAGACCCUGUGCAUGGAGAGCCAGCAGGUGCUGCCCGAUGGCUCACCGGCGCGCCACUACGACGUGCACAGCCUUUAUGGCUGGGCCCAGACCAGACCCACGUACGAAGCCGUGCAGGAGGUGACGGGACAGCGAGGGAUCGUCAUCACUCGCUCCACUUUCCCCUCUUCUGGCCGCUGGGGAGGACACUGGCUGGGUGACAACACGGCCGCGUGGGACCAGCUGAAGAAGUCAAUCGUUGGCAUGAUGGAAUGCAGUCUCUUUGGAAUCUCCUAUACAGGAGCAGACAUCUGUGGAUUCUUUGGAGAUGCUGAGUAUGAGAUGUGUGUUCGCUGGAUGCAGCUGGGGGCGUUUUAUCCAUUUUCCAGGAACCACAACACAUUCGGGACCAGGAGACAAGAUCCUGUGGCCUGGGACUCAAACUUUGAGAUGUUCUCAAGAAAAGUCCUUCAGACCAGAUAUACUCUGCUGCCUUACCUCUACACUCUAAUGCAUAAGGCUCAUGCUGAGGGCAGCACUGUGGUUCGACCCCUUCUCCAUGAGUUUACAGAGGAACGCACAACAUGGGAUAUAGACCAUCAGUUCAUGCUGGGCCCUGCCAUCUUAAUUAGCCCCGUGCUGGAAAAUAACACAUUUCAGGUCCAGGCUUACUUUCCCAGAGCCCGUUGGUAUGACUACAGCACGGGAUCGGGCAAUGAAUCAAGAGGUGAGUGGAAAGUCCUGGAGGCUCCCUUGGACCAUAUCAACGUUCAUGUCAGAGGAGGCUACAUCCUGCCUUGGCAAGAACCUGCGAUGAACACUCACUCCAGCCGAAAGAAAUAUAUGGGAUUGAUUGUUGCUUUGGAUGACAAUGGGAGAGCUGAAGGUCAGCUGUUCUGGGAUGAUGGACAAAGCAUUGAUACCUUUGAAAAUGGAAACUAUUUCUUGGUAAACUUUACAGCAGCUCAGAGUGUACUGCAAAUCCAAAUGAUACAUAAUAAUUAUUUGAGUGACACUAAUUCACUGAAAGUUGGAUAUAUUAGUAUCUGGGGCAUAAACUCUACUGAUAUAACACAAGUGACUGUCUCCUAUGACAAUCAACAAUUCAUGGUGAUGAAUUUCAAGAGUGACCCUUACAAUCAGACACUAAAUAUUCAAUUGACUGACAAGAUUAUCAGCCUGGAAAAGUUAACUGAGGUUACUUGGAUUCACGGUGGUCCUAUAGUUUCUACGACAACUAUGAUGAGUACCUUCCCAAUGAGCUCUUCACAUCCUUCCACAGCUUCUACUACUGCUGCUACUUCUGUUACCACCAGUUCUUCUGCUUCAAGUGGCACUGGUACUGGUACCGCUGAGAGCACUAGUGCUGCUCUCGCUAUGACAACCACUCCUUUCCCAACAACUACUCAAGUUUCAACUAGUACUGCUGUCCCUGAUACCACUAUACAUUUCCCUAGUAAUACUACUACUGAUAGCACUAAUGUUACUCUUCCCAUCACAACCAUGCCUUACCCAACAAGUACUGCUGAAUUUUCAGCUAGUACUUCUGUCCCUAAUGCCACUAUACCUUCCCCUAUAAAUACUACUACUGAUGGCACUAAUGUUACUUUUACUAUCACAACAAUGCCUUACCCAACAAAUGCUACUGAAGUUUCAACUAGUACUACCAUCCCUAAUGCUACUACAUCUUUCCCUAUUACUACUACUACUGAUAGCACUGAUAUUACUCUUCCUAUCACAGACAUGCCUUACUCAACAAGUAUUACUGAUGUUUCAACUAGCACUUCUGUCCCUAACACCACUGUAUCUUUCCCUAUAAAUACUACUACUGAUAGCACUGAUAUCACUCCUCUUCCAGUCACAACCAUGCCUUACCCAACAAGUACUGCUGAAGUUUCAACUAGCACUUCUGUCCCUAACACCACUGUAUCUUUCCCCCAAAAUACUACUACUGAUAGCACUGAUAUCACUCUUCCAGUCACAGCCAUGUCUUACCCAACAAGUACUAUUGAUGUUUCAACUAGUACUACUGUCCCUAACACCACUAUAUCUUCCCCUAUAAAUACUACUACUGAUAGCACUGAUAUCACUCUUCCUGUCACAGACACGCCAUACACAACAAGUGCUACUGAAGUUUCAACUAGUACUACUGUCCCUGAUAUCACUAUAUCUUCCCCAAUAAAUACUACUGCUGAUAGCACUAAUAUUACUCUGCUAGUCACAACCAUGCCUUACCCAACAAGUACUACUGAAGUUUCAACUAGUACUACUGUCCUUAAUACCACUAUAUCUUCCCCUAUGAAUGCUACCACCAAUAGCACUAAUGAUCCUUUUCCAGUCACAACCAUGCCUUUCCCAACAAGUGCUACUGAAGUUUCAACUAGUACUACUGUCCCUAAUACCACUCUCUCUUCCCCUGUAAAUACUGCUACUACUGAUAGUACUCAUAUCACUCUUCCUGUCACAGCCAUGCCUUCUUACACAACAAGUACUACUGAAGUUUCAACUAGUACUGCUGUCCCUAAUACCACUAUUUCUUCCCCAAUAAAUACUACCACUGAUAGUACUAAUGUUCCUCUUCCAGUUACAACCAUGCCUUACCCAACAAGUGCUACUGAAGUUACAACUAGUACUACUGUCCCUAAUACCACUAUUUCUUCCCCAAUAAAUAUUACUACUGAUAGCACUGAUAUCACUCUUCCUGUCACAGACAUGCCAUACACAACAAGUGCUACUCAAGUUUCAAUUAGUACUACUGUCCCUAAUGCCACUAUACCUUCCCCUAUAAAUACUACUACUGAUAGCACUAUUACUCUUCCUAUCACGGACAUGCCAUACACAACAAGUGCUACUCAAGUUUCAGCUAGUACUACUGCCUCUAAUAAUACCACUAUUUCUUCCCCAAUAAAUAUUACUACUGAUAGCACUAAUGUUCCUCUUCCAGUCACAACCAUGCCUUACCCAACAAGUACUGCUGAAGUUUCAACUAGCACUUCUGUCCCUAACACCACUGUAUCUUUCCCCAAAAAUACUACUACUGAUAGCACUGAUAUCACUCUUCCGGUCACAGCCAUGUCUUGCCCAACAAGUACUAUUGAUGUUUCAACUAGUACUACUGUCCCUAACACCACUAUAUCUUCCCCUAUAAAUACUACUACUGAUAGCACUGAUAUCACUCUUCCAGUCACAGCCAUGCCUUACCCAACAAGUACUACUGAUGUUUCAACUAGUACUACUCUCUCUAAUACCACUAUUUCUUCCCCAAUAAAUAUUACCACUGAUAGCACUAAUGUUCCUCUUCCGGUCACAACCAUGCCUUACCCAACAAGUACUGCUGAAGUUUCAACUAGCACUUCUGUCCCUAACGCCACUCUCUCUUCCCCUGUAGAUACAACUACUGAUAGCACUGAUAUCACUCUUCCUAUCACAGCCACGCCUUACCCAACAAGUACUACUGAUGCUUCAACUAGUACUACUGUCCCUAAUACCACUAUUUCUUCCCCAAUAAAUAUUACUACUGAUAGCACUAAUGUUCCUCUUCCAGUCACAACCGUGCCUUAUCCAACAAGUGCGACUGAAGUUUCAACUAGUACUACUGUCCCUAAUGCCACUCUCUCUUCCCCUGUAGAUACAACUACUGAUAGCACUGAUAUCACUCUUCCUGUCACAGACACGCCAUACACAACAAGUGCUACUGAAGUUUCAACUAGCACUACCAUCCUUAAUACCACUAUAUCUUCCCCAAUAAAUACUACCACUGAUAGUACUAAUGUUCCUCUUCCAGUCACAACCAUGCCUUUCCCAACAAGUACUACUGAAGUUUCAACUAGUACUACUGUCCUUAAUACCACUGUAUCUUCCCCUAUGAAUGCUACCACUGAUGAUAGCACUAAUGUUCCUCUUCCAGUCACAACCAUGCCUUACCCAACAAGUGCUACUGAUGUUUCAACUAGCACUUCUGUCCCUAAUACUACUAUAUCUUCCCCUAAGUAUACUACAACUGAUAGCACUGAUAUCACUCUUCCGGUCACAGCCACGUCUUACCCAACAAGUGCCACUGAUGUUACAACUAGUACUACUGUCCCUAAUACCACUAUGUCUUCCCCAAUAAAUAUUACUACUGAUAGUACUAAUGUUCCUCUUCCAGUCACAACCAUGCCUUACCCAACAAGUGCUACUGAAGUUACAACUAGUACUACUGUCCCUAAUGCCACUCUCUCUUCCCCUGUAGAUACAACUACUGAUAGCACUGAUAUCACUCUUCCUAUCACGGAUACGCCAUACACAACAAGUGCUACUGAAGUUUCAACUAGUACUACUGUCCCUGAUAUCACUAUAUUUUCCCCAAUAAAUACUACUGCUGAUAGCACUAAUGUUCCUCUUCCAGUCACAACCAUGCCUUUCCCAACAAGUAGUACUGAAGUUUCAGCUAGUACUACUGUCUCUAAUACUACUAUAUCUUCCCCUGCAAACACUACUCGUGUCUAG